AUGCAGCAACAGCUCUUAAGUCCGAAGCGCGCUCCCGAGCUCUUCGCCUUUGUGGGCGUCGCGUCGCUCUUAUUGAUAGGCCUUCUUUGUAGUUCGUAUUUACAGCUGCUACCGCAAAACUGCUUCUGUCCAAACCUAGAGAAUCCCGUGCUCUCCACCGCCGCCGCCGCCGCCGCCGCCACCGCUUCCGCCUCGACUCUUUCCCGCGACCUCGCCAGCGCAAGACGCCAUCUAGAAAUCAGCGGAGUUUCCACCCCUGCCACCGUUUCCUCCAUCCCCGCCACCGUUUCCGCAGCGGAAGUCCUGCAGGCCCUCCCUGCUGCGACUAUCGGAUCGGACGCAGCGUUUUCCGGCGGGAAAGGCGGUGCCGGUGCCGGGUCCAAUCAGGACGCAGCUGGCGACGGUAGCAACCAACAGUUCAUUUACGUGUACGACACGCAAUGGGCGUGGACUGAGCCAAUGAAAGGGCUCCAAAGGGAUUGGUACUCGGACCAAUAUGAGGUGGAAACUGUACUGACGGAGCUACUAUUGCGCACUAACGCGGUUCGCACGACGGAUCCCGAAAAGGCGACGCUGUUUUACGUGCCGUACUACUCGUCGAACCACAUCUCGCAUGUGAACAAGAUUAUGAAGAACAUGAUGCAGACGGCGGUCGCGGAGGUGUCUAAGGCGUGGACCGACAUUCUGACCGCGAUUCGCCGCGACUUUCCCUACUUCAACCGCACCAACGGCCGAGAUCACUUCAGCACGAGCACGUUCGAUCACGGCCGUUGCCACGCGCUGACGUGGGUCAUCCCGGACCUGUACGGCGAGAUGUUCUUUAUCAUGCUCAACGGGGACCGCCUCGCGCGUACCAUGCACGCGUCUGCGCAAAGGAAUCUGCAGAUCAUAGGCUACAACUACAACUCCACCUUACAGCCACAGUUCCCCGACAUCCCAUGCUACAUGCCCGACCGAGACAUUGUCGUGCCCGCCUUUAUUGGCGACCAGAUACCCAUGGUGUCGCCCUUCGCUGGCAAUCGCCCCAUGCGAGCCAUUUUUCGCUUCUCAGCACGGCAAGGCCACAACGCGCCUCUCAUGCACCACGGCCAUGAUCUGCGCCCCGAGCUGCUCGCUAUGUACCAGAAGCAGCGCAUCAAGGGGUGGAGUUUUGCAGCCAAGCUGGAGAAUCAGACGAACAAAGAUUGGCAGCGAGCUGUCUUCUGCAUCUGCCCGCCCGGCCACUCCCAAUGGACCAGCCGCCCUUUCAAGGCGAUCAUCUCAGGGUGCAUCCCAGUGACGUUCUUUCGAGAGCACGACAACCCCUGGGACGAUGAGCUGGACUACUCCUCCUUCUCCAUCAACAUCGAUCCGGACGACAUUGCUUCGCUGCGCACCCGCCUUGAGACCGCCCCCGUGGAGCAGCUGCAGCGGGGGGUGGAGAAGGUGCAGCGCAUGUUCAAGUGGUCGAGAACGCUCACACAAGGGGCGGGGUACGAGCUUUUGAAGAGGCUACGGCAGCGCGGGGAGCAAAUCUCCUCCACUGCUCUCUUCUUAUAA